AUGAAGCCUGGUGCCCACCUCCUCCUUUUGGCCGGGCUCCUCGCUCUCUGGGCUCUGAUGCCCCCCGCGUCUGCUAAAGGCAAACUUGGCAGGUGCCCCAUCCCGAAGCCCCCUGUCACCUGUCUGGAUGCCUGUUCUUCGGAUUCUUUAUGCCCUGGAAGGCAGAAGUGCUGCGGCACUGGCUGUGGGCGUGAGUGCAUGGAUCCAGAAUUCAGACGCAAACCUGGCAGCUGCCCUGUCCGAAAGGGCCCUGGCAUCUGUGUGGAAGGCUGUUCUUCAGACUCUUCAUGCCAUGGAAGACAGAAGUGCUGCGGCACUGGCUGUGGGCGUGUGUGCAUGGAUCCAGUAUUCCCAAGCAAGCCUGGCAGGUGCCCCAUCCCAAAGGGCCCUGGCAUCUGCGUGGAAGGCUGUUCUUCGGAUUAUGACUGCGGUGGAAGAGACAAGUGCUGCAGCACUGGCUGUGGGCGCGAUUGCAUGGAGCCAGUAUUUGCAGACUAACCUCGUCUGAACUGCAGAACCCUUGACAGCAGCCCGUGCAGAAGACCUGCCUCCUUCGAGAGCCAGU